AUGCAUCCACAACCUCCAGUAAGUCUUCUUCCUCUACUUCUACCCUCUCAUGGCAACCAUAAUGGUUCAUCAUCAUCAUCAUCGAUACUCAUGACGAGUGGUAUCAGCAGCAGCACAACGGGUUCAAUCUCUUCCCUUCAUCUUCUCGGAAACGUCUUGCCAGCAGUGAAUUCGGCAAGGAGCGAAAUUAUACAACAACAACAACAACAACAACAACAACAACAACAAUAUAAAAACUCUGAAUUCUCGGACUCAAAUUUGAGUGCUCUCGUUAAAGAUUUGGGUUACACCAUCAUGUCCACAGUGGACGCUUUCAGUAGAGUGGUGGAAACAUGUUCCAAUAUGAAUGAGCGAACAGUUGGAGAAUUAAUAGGUAUGAUGGCCAUGAAUCACACCGGACUACAAACUCGAGCUGAUCAUGGCUCUAUUGUUUCCUUCCUUCAAUCCAUAGGCUCUUCAAAAGUAGAAAUCAAAGAAAACGCAUCAUCAUGGAAUCUCGAUAACUUCGUAACCGUAAUGAAACAAAAAGACCUCAACUGGAAACAAGUCGUCGCAUGUUUGGACCAUACUGGAUUUAAGUUAAAGGAUCAAAAAGGCCUUGCAAUGAUUGUUACUAUUUACAAAAAGAUUACAGGAGAGAAAUUACCACUGGAUGUUUUCGUUUGCCGAAAGUGGAGCAACAAUGAUGCUCAACUUUCAUUCAUUCUUCUCGCUUUGGACGCUCCACCUGACAUCAUUGACUUUUCGUCAGAUAAGCUUCGUCAUGUCGACAUUUCCUUCCUACCUUCUCACAAAAACCAAAACACAACUUGGGGAACAAUAGAUUUAGUGGAAACCUUGUUAAAUUUGGCAGACAUUGAGAAUAUGAAUGCCAUCAAGAGAUUAUUUGAAGCUCCAAUGAGACAGUGUCCAGAACAAUUCUUGUUAGCUCUUGCUCAAUGCAAUCCAAUCAACAUUUUACUUCGCCAGGAAAUUGUUUCCCAAAUUGUACCCAUCUUUGUCAAGCCUCAUAAGAAUUCUUUCUCUGUGCUCCACAAAUUCUCUGAAGUGAAUCAACCAUUACUCAUUUCAACUCUCUCGGAAACAUACCGAAAAGAUCCUACACAACUCAGAAGGAUUUUAGAUAUCGCUCAAGAAUUGAAGAUACUUGAUGCCAUUCUGGAUUCAAGACCAUUCCGUUUCGCCAUUGAAAUUGCAAUUUUGGCAUCGAAGAGAGACCAUCUCAACUUGGAAUUAUGGCUUCUCAACAACAUGGAACGUCAUGGCAAUGAAUUUGUCCAGGAAGUCAUCAACUAUUUGACAGAUGCCAUUCCAACUCUCAAGGACAAGAAUUCUCAACAACAAGCAACCUUCACUUCGGACAUUGCAAAGACCUUCUUCAAGUGCCUCGACAAGGCUAGAAACUUGAUAGUUGCAGAAAUUUUCGAGCAAGCCUAUCAAUUGUAUCAAGCUUUGGAUGAGAAUCUCAAACGUGAAAUCGCAACAACCGAGUUCCAACUUUCUCCAGAGAUUGAAACCAAAACUAAUCAGUUUUUCCUUUCCAUGUUCCAUGGAGAAAUUACUGUAGAAGUUGGUGUUGAGAAACUCAAGGAAAUGAAGCUUUCAAAGACUAGAGCCGACCAAGAAAUGUUUGCCUGUGUGAUUCAUAAUCUAUUUGAUGAGUAUCGAUUCUUCAGUCAAUAUCCUGAAAAUUCAUUAAGAGUAAUGGCCAAACUCUUUGGACUUAUUAUUCAACAUAAUGUUAUUGUUGCCAAAACAUUGAAGUAUGGCUUAAUUUGCGUUUUACAAGCUCUUUCAAGUCCUGAUAUCAAACUUUUCCAAUUUGGUCUGAUUGCCUUGUCACAAUUCAAAACAAGAGUUUCUGAGUGGCCACAAUUUUGUGCUCAUCUACGUACAAAGAUUCCACAAGCCUUCCAACACAUUCCAGACCUUGCUCAAUAUGUAGCUAAAAGCCUUAGCUUGAUUGAGACUCAAAUACCAAGCGAACAAUAUGGAGUGCCUGGCAUUCAGAAUACUGGCAUUUCUUCCCCUCCAACAUCCAUCUCUCCUCAGCCAAAUGUAAUGCAACAACAAUUUGGCACCAAUGCUUUCCAACCCUCCAUUAGUACAACUCCUCCUCCACAAAUUUCCACAUCUCCAACCCCGCAAGUUCCUCCAUCAGCUGCCUUAACACCAUCAGCUGAUCCACAAACACCAACGAAAACCAAAAAAGACGAAGAGAAGGCCUCUCCUGGAAUUGGCUUCCAGUUGGAUAUUAGCACUCUGACCAAAAACGUCACGACACAAGAAAUUGAAGCCCCAGAACCAGAGUUGGCAGAGAAGAUGAUCUUUGCAAUUAACAAUGUCUCUCAAAUUAACCUCAACGAGAAAUGCAACGAGCUGAAAAUUGUACUGACCCCAAACUGGUAUCCAUAUGUUGCAAGAUAUCUUGUAGUGAACAGAGCUAGCUUGGAGCCCAACUUCCAUUUAGUUUAUGCAAAAAUGUUGAGCACUUUGAAGUUGGAAGAACUCGACAAGCAAGUUUUAAAGCAGACAUACAUUGCUAUCAACGCGUUGCUUCACUCUGAGAGAAUUACCACUAGUCUUUCAGAAAGAUCUCUUCUUAAGAACUUGGGAAGCUGGCUAGGAUUACAAACUUUGGCAAAGAACAAGCCCGUUCUUCAUAAGGACCUUGAUUUGAAGUCUCUUUUAUUUGAUGCCUUUGAAAGAGGAAGACUCAUUGUGGUCAUUCCAUUUGUUUGUAAAAUUUUGAAUCAUUGUGCCAAAUCAAAGGUGUUUACCCCUCCAAAUCCAUGGGUUAUGGGUAUUGUAUCUCUUUUGGUUGAGAUUCAUGCAAUUCCAGAGUUGAAAUUGAACUUGAAGUUUGAGGUUGAAAUGUUGUGUAAAACUUUAAAACUUACCAUUUCUCAAGUUGAGCAACAAAACAAGGAAAAAGAAGAUUAUGCCCCACUGCUUCAAGGAAGAACGCAACUCAAAUAUAACAACCCAGAUAUUCAUGGGCCAACCACUGCAGUUGAGCCACUCGCACCAAUUGCACCUGGCCGAUCAGAAAAGUUGUUCAACAUUUCACAAGUGACCGACACUGGAAUUAUUAUUACCGAUCUUCAAGAUCAGGUGAAAAUUGCUGAAAAUUUGUCAAUUUUCAAAGAACAACCAGAAUUGAGAAAGCUUGUUGUAGUUGCUCUUGACCAAACUAUUCGUGAAAUUAUAGCUCCGUUUGUGAAACGAGCUGUUACCAUUGCUUGCCGUACAACUACAGAAACAAUCAUUAAGGACUUUAUUGCAGAGCCAGAUUACAACAAAAUGCACCGAGCAGCUAACUUGAUGGUUGCUAAUCUUGCAUCGAAACUUGCUGCUUUUUCUUGCAAGGACAUUCUAAAGAAUAAUCUCCAAACUCACCUCAGAACAUUAUUUGAGGCUGCUUCCAUCAAUCCAAGCGAUCCAAAGGUGAAGACAGUCAUUGAACAGAUCGUAACAAAUGUUAGUGCGGAUAAUGUUAAUGUUGGUUGUGCAUAUGUUGGCCAAGCAGCCCGAGAUAAGGGUAUGCUGGACAUUGCAGAAGCUCUUCAAUCCGAACUUGAGUUGAGAAAAAGCUAUGCAAAUGGCGCCGUUAUGAAUUACACCAACUAUACGAUGCCAGCCUUUGUUCAAAGAUUACCAGAGGUUUUAGCUCCAAAAGGCGGCCUACAUAGAAGUCACAUCCAAGUUUACGAAGACUUUGAAAGAAAGACUCUAUUUGAACCAAGAGAAGACAUGCUGCCAUUUAAUGUCGCUGUGGAUCAAGCCAAGCUCGCAUUCGCCAAUAUGAUGGAGUAUAUCCAUCAGGUUAAAACACAACUACCUAACAUUUCUUAUGUCCCUGUCCAGAGCCGGUUCUAUGACAGCUUAAACAAGAUUCGAUCUAUUCUUCGAAGAUCGGUUCAAGGUGGAGAAACUGCUGAGUCUCUUUGCAUGGAUGUUUUCUACAAACUUUACGAAACUGAUACCAACAUUAUCAGGGAAGCUUGUAUUAUGGUUCUUUCCGUUUUGCGAGAAAUGGAAAGCGAAUCAUCCAUGAUUCAGGUUACUAAUCUUUGGAAAGCUUUAGCUCCAAAUCAAAAACUCGACAAUGCUACUCUUUCACUAAUCAGAGUAGAUUUAUUAGAUCUCGUUACUCUUGACAAUGAACUUUUAGCUCUAGUUGCUGAUUUGAACCACAGCAAGAACGCAAUACCUUUCUAUUUGCGCCUGAUUCAGAGAUUGGUUAUUUUGAAGAGUACUCUCACUGUUGCAGACCUUCCAAAGUCCUUCAGCUUUGUUCAAUCAAACUUGUCAAAGUAUCCAGAUUAUAUGACCUAUGCUUCCAUUAUAGAGCAAGCUGCAAAAGCAACAAGCAAUCUGUACGACAAUCCAUUGACCAUUUUGUUCAAUGUUGCUUCUGAUUUUGAAACUCCAGAAAAAUAUGCAGUGAGAGACCAACAUUUGAAGAAGUUUGUCACCUAUCUCUCCAUAUCUGAAAUGCCUUACACCCCAACUCCAUAUUACGAUCGUACCCAUGUAUCCUACACUUGGGCUUCUCUAUUCAAAACGGCCAAUGAAAACAAACAGAUGAUCGCCAUGGAUUUCAACGAUAUGUUUGACAAAAAAGUGGCAUCUUUUGAAGACACCAUUAGACCUUACAUUGAAACUGCUGUAGAACAUUUCUACAAAUUUGGAGUCAAUUUGCCCUAUCCAGAGACAUUUAAAUUUGCUGAUGGCCUUUGUGAUUUUCUUGGAAAACUCAUUUUUGAGCAAAGUGAACACUAUGAAAUAGAUCCUGAAUUUUUCUCAAAGGCUCUUACAAGAUUUAAGAUUGUUCUUGAUCUGAUCAUUCAAUUAAUCAUGAAGGAUAUGGAACUUCAACAAACCAAGUUUAAUCAGAGAAUCUAUUUAAGAUUACUGUCAGGUAUGAUCGUUCAAGCUGGAAGCUAUUUGCCUCCUCCUUCUUAUUAUAUGGGACCUUCAUUCAGAGCAGAAUAUUUCCACCAAAACUAUGACAAGCAUUUGGAGGUUCAUUCCGAAAUUUUGUGUAUCUUUGCGCAAGCGUUGCUUGUAUUGAAACCAAGCAAGAAUCCAGCAUUUGUUUUUGCUUGGCUAGAACUGAUUUCUCAUCGCUUCUUUAUGCCAAAGAUACUUGCUCCAAGCUGCAAGAAGGGCUUACCUUUGUUCCAUGAUCUCAUUGUUGAAAUGUUUAAUUUUUUGGAACCAUAUUUGCAGGCCGGACAGCUGAAUAAUCCAGUCAAACUUGUCUACAAGGCAGCUCUAAAGAUUUUAUUGAUCCUUCUUCAUGACUUUCCAGAAUUCCUUUGCGAUUAUCAUGUCUCAUUAUGCAAUGUUAUUCCAAAUACUUGCAUACAAAUGCGAAAUCUCAUUCUAUCAGCCUUCCCAAGGCAUAUGAAACUUCCUGAUCCAUUCGCUAAAGAUGUCAGUAUAGAAAAGUUGCCUGAAAUCAAUGAACAACCAACCAUCUUGAGCGACUAUGCGAAACACUUUACCAAAGAAUUACCGUUGGAGUUGUUUGAAUCAUUAGUUGACAAGUAUUCUAUUAAUUCUGAUAUUUCUCUUUUAGAUCAAAUUGUCAAUAAGGUUAAGUUGACCUCACAAGAGGAAAUUUCUGAGAGAGGAACAUCUUAUAACGUUCCAUUGAUUAAUUCAAUCGUUUUGCAUGUUGGAGUAUUAAGCACAACUAGACAUCCUCGAUCACAAUGUAUGCACUCCUUUGCAACUGAAGUUCUGCGUAGAAUGCUCCACCAGUUAGACUUUGAAGGUCGUUAUUUGGUGUUGAAUGCAAUGGUUAAUCAGUUGAGAUAUCCAAACAUUCAUACCUACUACUUUAGUUGUGUAUUAUUGAACUUUUUCUGUGAGGAACAGAUUAUCCAGGAACAAAUUACUCGUGUGCUUAUUGAGAGAUUAAUUGUCAGUAGACCACAUCCUUGGGGUUUGUUAAUUACUUUCAUUGAUCUUGUUAAGAAUAGUAUUUACAAGUUCUGGGAAAAGCCCUUCAUUCAUUGCUCAGUUGAAAUUGAACAAAUGUUUCAAAACGUUAGACAAACUGUGUGA